AAGCACACGGUGCGCGUUUUAUCUUGUACAUCCCACGUGAACAAUUCAAGAUGGCAUCAAAAUUCAGAGUCGGCGAUCUUGUAUGGGCGAAAAUGAAGGGCUUUCCUGCAUGGCCGGGGAAGGUGAUAGAGCCAAAGCCCGAAGUGAAGAGACCAAGCAAUAAGAAACCAAUGCAUUUUAUCUUCUUUUAUGGGUCUGAGAAUUAUGCGUGGGUGUUUGAGGAAAAUACUUUCCUGUAUGCAACUAACAAAGAUAAGUUCAUGCCUGCCUCUCGCAUUCCCAAGGGGUUUAAGGAAGCUGUGGAAGCCAUUGAUGAGGCACUGGAAGCUAUGCCUACUCAGAUGAAAAAUAGGCAGAAUGAUUUGCCCUCAAUUGAUGAAGAACUUGCUACAAUUUUUCCUGAAAGACCAGAAGCAACAAAGAGUGCUCACAGAGAUUAUACAAGAGAACCACUGACAGGGAAAACUAAGAAAAUGAAAAGAAAAAGACUUUUCAAAAAUCAUGAGCGAAGAUCACCAUCCCCAGUGUUGGUGGAUGGGGAAGAACCUCCAGUUGAAACAGCUGCUGAUGAUGCAGAGACCCCAGAGGGAGCCACUGAGCAGAAGAUGCCUCGGGUGAGAAAACCAACACAAAAGUUUGCUGAGAGUGUAGAGUCAGGAGAAAUGACAGCCAAGAAUGCAACUGCAAGAAAGAAGAAUGAGCUGGUGAAGAAGGCCAUAAAACAUGCCACAGCCUCACAGUCAGGACCCAGUCCAAAGAAGAUCAAAUUAGGAACUCCCAGGAAGAGUCCCAAGAAACCAAGGAUGCCUUCAGUCCGCAUCCCCUCAGAACUGACAACCAGAAAGCCACAGAAAAAUAUCAUUCCAACUCCAUGUAAGAUCGGAUUCCUGGGUCUGGGCAUUAUGGGUAGCGGGAUGGUGCGAAAUCUUCUGAAAUCAGGUCAUGAGGUCACAGUAUGGAACAGAACGAUAGAAAAGUGUAAAGAUUUUGCAGCCUUGGGUGCCUUGCCUGGAGAGACGCCGUGCGAUGUUGUGCAAUCCUGUGACAUUAUUUUUUCAUCUGUAGCCAAUCCUGCAGCUUUAAAAGAUCUUGUCUUUGGCAACUGUGGGGUGCUUCAAGGUAUAUCACCAGGGAAAAGUUUUGUGGAUAUGUCUUCAGUGGACGUAGAAACCAUAACAGAUAUCAAUGAGGCAAUAACAAUGAGAAAUGGCAGGUUUCUGGAAGCGCCAGUAUUUGGUAGCAAGGAGGCAUCUGAGGACGGACAGCUUGUGGUUUUAGCUGCAGGAGACAGGGAUCUCUAUGAUGAUUGUUUAUCUUGUUUUGAAGCUAUUGGAAGAAAAACAUACUACUUAGGUGAAAUUGGCAAUGGUGCCCGGAUGCGUCUGGUCCUCAGUAUGGUUCUGGGCACUGUAAUAGCUGGUUUGUCCGAAGGCAUGGCUCUGGCAGGGAAAGUGGGUCUGCACCAAGAAGACCUCCUAGAAAUCCUAAGUCUUAGUUCCCUCAACUGCUCACUGUUCAGAAGUAAAGGUUAUGCUAUGAUGGAGAAUUCCUAUAACCCAAGAGCUCUUCUCCAAAACCAGCAAAAGGACAUGCGACUCUCCCUAAACCUAGGAGACGAGGUGGACCAGCCCCUAGCAGUGGCAGCUGCAGCCAACGAGAUGUACAAGAAAGCCAAAGCAAGAGGUUAUGGAACAAGUGAUGUGGCAGCAGUGUUCAGAGCAGCAGAUAUAUGAGGGAAACCCCCAAACUUCCAUUCUCACUUUCUUUUUCAAUGUUCUGGACAUGUUAUACAUGAUUGGACUUGUCUGAUGCCUGGCCUGACUAAUAAUAGAGGAUGUAGACGAGUUUUAUGUUCUACCAGUAAAAGUAUCUGGAUAGAUGGAGCCAGUGGUAUCUAGAUCUGGUUUUAUAGACUUUGUAAAAGCUGCUGCAACAGUUGUGUUUUGCCUGGCUGAUCAAAUAAGGUGGGGGGGGGGGGGGGGGUAGACUUGGUUUCGUGAUAUUCAGAAAAGAGCAGGUAUAAUGGUAACAGUGUUGUAGACCAGUUUUGUUAUGGCUGGCUGAGAGUAUUAUUAUAAGUUAGAAAAAUUAUAGUAGCAUUUCUCUCUCCAUUUCAUCUCGGUAUGGCAGAUGUAUAGUGUGGACAAAUCCAGCUUUAGGCUGAGCAUACACCACUGCAGGGAUGAGAUUUUUCCGACUAUAGGCGGAGUUCCUUCUUUUUGGAAGCCAAAAAUAUCACAAAAAUAUUCCGCCACAUCAUAUUUUCCAACUUUUUCAUCCUUGCCCUUGUCUUCAUCAGAUUUUGUUACUGAACAGUCAAAAUUGAUUAAAAGUUAAGCUCUUAUUGGUUCUCAUAUGUCAUUUGACUGACUUAGUUCCACAAAUCCCAUAAUAUUCUUGGUAAAGGAUAUGGAGGAUUCUGUUGACUAGAGCAGACUGAAAAAACCAUCAAUGAAAUAUUUUAUUUUGAUUCUGAAUCCUAUCUGAAUAUGGUGAGUAGAGAAGUGUUAAAUGUGAAAAUAUUUCAAGUAGCUGGUAUAAGUCCAUGAUGAAUCCUGAGCAAUUAAUAUAGUAAUUUUUAAACAAGCUUAAUGUUUGCUAAACGUAUCUGAACUACAUGAAAAUGGACUGCAUUAUUUGAAGGCGGUGAGUCAAUUUCUAAUGGGUCACAAGCUAAGUUUUCAUGAAUACUUUUUAAUAAUUGCUCCCUUAUUGUUAUUAUUCUGAUAUAAGUCAAACCAAUUCUGUUAUUUUUUUAUUAUUUUUUCUGUAAGAAUCACGUAGGAAGGUUUGGUCUCAGUCAGAUCACAUUUUAUGGAUAUUUUAACUAUGAACUAACAGAUGGAUUCAGCAUUUUUAUCAAUAAGAAGUAUAUUAUACUAUUUUUAUGUUGUACAGUAGGAGACAUUUUAGUAAUGAAUUGUUAUGUUUGUGUAUAGAACACCAGUUGAGAAGACUAAAUAGCCCUGACAGUUAUACUGAGAAAUAAAUACCAAUUUAUAAGUAUAAAAUAUUCCCUGAAGUUAGGGAUGAUGAAUAACUGUACUGAUGUAUUAUGUAAAUAUUAGUUAAGUGUAACACAAACUUUAAGGCAUGCUUCCUGUAGAUUUAGAGUCAGUACCUCUAAAUAAAUCUUGCACAAAAAAUGAAACUGUCAGUUUAUUGCAGUCAAGUAUUAUAA